AUGGAGUACCAUGCGCCGGUGGCGCAGCAUAUGGUCCUGUGUGCGGACUGUGGCACUCCCAUUGAACCAAACAAUGCGAAUCUGUGUGCCAACUGUCUUCGGAACAGCGUGGACAUUACCGAGUGGAUCCCGAAGCAGGCCACGAUCAACUUUUGCCGCAACUGCGAGCGGUACCUGAACCCCCCGAAUACGUGGGUCAUUGCGCAGCUCGAAAGUCGCGAGCUGCUGGCGAUUUGUCUCAAAAAGCUGAAGGGUCUCAAGCAAGUGCGUCUGAUCGACGCCAACUUUAUCUGGACUGAGCCCCACAGCAAGCGCCUCCGUGUCAAGCUCACGGUGCAAAAAGAGGUCUUUACUUCGACCAUCCUCCAGCAGGUGUUCGAGGUCGAGUUCCUCGUGCAGUAUGGCCAGUGCCCUGACUGUACGCGCCUUGCCGCCAAGAACAUGUGGCGCGCCUCGGUGCAGGUGCGCCAAAAAGUCGCACACAAACGCACCUUCCUUUACCUCGAGCAGCUCAUCCUCAAAUACAACGCACACCGCGAGACGGUCUCGGUGCUUGAAAAGAAGGACGGUCUCGACUUUUACUAUGCGCAGCGCGCACACGCCAUCCGCAUGACCGAGUUCCUCUCGUCGGUCGUGCCGGUGCGCGUGAACAAGUCGGAGCAGCUGAUCAGCAUGGACGUGCACUCGAGCACGAGCAACUACAAGUUUACCUAUAGUGUCGAGAUCGUGCCGAUCUGCAAGGACGACCUCGUGUGUCUUCCUCUGCGUGUCGCCCGCGCUCUGGGCAACAUUGGGCAGCUGGUGCUUCCUUUCCGCAUCAGCAAUGUGAUCAAGGUGAUCGACCCGACCACGUUGCAGAUGGCCGACAUCACCGCCGAAAAGUACUGGCGCGAUCCGUUCCCCGCGCUGUGUGCGAUCCCGGAAAUGGUCGAGUUCCUCGUGCUGGAUAUUGAAGUCACCGGUGGCGUCGCCCACGGCCCCCACGGCCAGACGAUGGGCAAGUUUGCUGCGGCCGACGCGCAGGUCUCGCCGCUGAACGCGAAUACCUUUGGCGAGGCAGAUGCAGUGUACCACGUCCGCACGCACCUCGGCAACAUCCUGCAAGCCGGCGACACGGUCAUGGGCUACCACCUCAAGACGGCCAACUUUAACUCGGCAGAGUGGGACUCGCUCCCUGCCGACCGCGUUCCAGACGUGGUGCUUGUAAAGAAGAGCUACCCCGAGCGCAAGCGCCGCUCGAAGCGCAACUGGAAGCUCAAGAGUAUCGCCAAGGAGGCCGAGGACCCGUCGCAAGAGGGCGCCGUCGGUCGCGGUGCGCUCGGCCGCCGCGGCGGUCUCGACUCGCAGCGUGUUGAGCGCGACUACGAGCUGUUCUUGCGCGAGCUCGAAGAGGACUCGGAGAUGCGCCAGACGGUCAACAUGUACCGCGACCAAGAAAAGAUUGCGCGCGAGGCCGAGCGCCAGGCGCGGAAGGCCGCGGGCGAGUACCGCGACCCGUCGGGCAUGGACCAGGACGAGGGCGACGAGGUGCAGACCGACGACGAGGGCAUGACCACCGACAACGACUCGGAGUACGGCUCAGACUCGGAGCUGCCGCGCGUGGACAUGGGAGAGCUCCUCGACGAUAUGGACGAGAUGAAUAUCGAAUAG